AUGUGCCCUUUGCUGACCAUCUUCCCUGCAGCCAUUGUGCGACUCGCGGAGCCCAUCGCCCUGACAUCCAUCUUUCCCUACGCGUGGGCCCUCGUAAAGCAGUUCGAGAUCGGAAACGAGGAAGAUGCAUCCUUCCACGCCGGCCUGCUCAUCUCCUCCUUCUCGCUUGCCGAGGCCGUCAUGGGCAUGUACUGGGGCGGCGUCUCUGACAAGAUUGGCCGCAAGCCCGUCCUGCUCCUCGGGUGUAUAGGCACGAUGUUUAGUAUGGUCAUGGUCGGAUUUGCCACCAACAUCUGGAUCGCCCUCAUCGGGCGAGUUCUCGGCGGUCUGCUGAAUGGCAACAUCGGCGUCAUCCAGACCAUGGUUGGAGAGCUGGUGACCAAGCCCGAACACGAACCUCGAGCGUACUCCAUCAUGCCUUUUGUUUGGUCUGUGGGCACCAUCAUUGGCCCUGCCAUCGGAGGAACGUGCGCCAAUCCUCAUGAGUCCUUCCCCAACCUCUUUUCUGCUGAGGGCAUCUUUGCCAGGUUCCCCUAUCUCCUGCCCAACCUUCUCUGUGCUUUGCUGCUGCUUGUCAGCAUCGUUCUGGGCUAUUUCUUCCUCGAGGAGACCCACCCUGACAUGAGAACCCGCAUCCCUCCUCCCGUCGAGACGUACGUCUCUGACGAGACUCCACUCAUGGAGACGUCCGAUGCUAUGAAGCGGCCAGCCGUGGACAUGCGGGAUGAGACUUAUGGAACCUUCAGGAGCCAGGACAGCGCCGAGGAAUCCCAGGCACAAUGGGCCCGCGAGGAGAAGCGGUUCAACACUAGCAUCUUCUCCAAGCGCAUUAUGUCUGUGGUGAUUGCUCUGUCGAUCUUCACGUAUCACUCGAUGACGUACGAUCACCUCCUACCCAUCUUCUUCGAGGACAACCGAGCCCCGAGCAUGGCCCUCGCUGGUCUGUCCCCUGGCAGCCUGUUCUACGCCCCCGGCGGGCUUGGCCUGUCUCUCCAAAACGUUGGCAUGAUCAUGGCUGUCAACGGCGCCAUUGCGCUUUUCAUCCAGGCGGUGAUCUUCCCCAUUGCUGCCGAGCGCAUCGGAGUGCACAGGCUGUUCAUUCUGGUCACCGUGCUUCACCCCAUCUCUUACCUCUUGGUGCCUUUCUUGCUUUAUGUUCCCCAGGGUCUCCUCUACCCUGCCAUCUACGCAUGCCUCACUGUCCGCAAUCUCUUCGCCAUCAUCGUGUACCCCCUACUCCUCAUUCUGAUCAAGGAGGCCACCCCGAGCCUCUCGGUCCUCGGCAAGGUCAAUGGCAUGGCAGCGAGCGCCGGCGCCGCUUGUCGCAUGAUCGCUCCCCCCAUCGCCGGGUAUCUGUACACCGUUGGCAGCAGGAUCGACUGCACGGCCCUGGCGUGGUAUGGAAGUGCCGUGGUUGCUGUGAUCGGAGCCUUCCAGUGUUUCUCCGUGAAGCGUGAGAAGGCUGCGGACCAGCACUCAGGUGAGGAGGCCACGGGCCGGAAGGGACAGAACGGAGCGAUUACUACCAUCCUUUCCGUUUCAGAGGAUGACGAGUAA